AUGUCAGUUUCAAAAGUUGUGACGAGUCAAGUGAAAAAGAAAUAUUUUACAGAACUUCCAUCAAUCAGAGUACUUUCAAGGUCACCAGAAGAUAGGUCCGAGGUGACAGUCUAUGUGAAAGGGUUUUUGUCAGAAGGAGAUUCACCAGAGAAUUUUCAAGAUUGGAUGCAUUCACAUAGAUUACUUGUUCUAAGUCCAACUCAUCGCUGGGGUCCCUCUGCACUUGGUUAUUCUUGGCCAUCAGGGUCGAGCAGCUUGCCUAUUCCGCUUGCUUCUCUAGGUUCCACUGCAUACCUCAUUGCCAAAAAUAUCAAUCAAUUGAAAAACCUGAGAUUUCCAACUCCGGCUUCGAUGGUUGCAGCCUUAGCCAUUGAUGUUAGCCUGCAUGCAGGUCGGUUAGCGUACCAGUUUAAUGUGGCCAAUCAAGAAAGCCGAGACAGAGCAGAGAUGUUGGCGUGGAGAUUACUUAAUCUUCGAAAAAAGCAUGAGUAUCUAAGAGUCGUUGGUCAUUCAUUAGGUUGCCGACAUAUUGUUGAAGCAUGCACACUGAUGGAUGCUAAAGAAAGGCCAGACUCCAUCCAUUUGUGUGCUCCGGCUUUGGUAGCACCUGACAUUAUAGACCAGAUCCGUAAGAAUACGGGCGGUUUAGGUCGCCUCAAUACGACCAUCUACUAUUCAGAAAAGGAUCUAACAUUGGGUGUCUUACUAAGAGCCAUACUUGGAGGGCAGCAAGCCAUAGGAGAGAUAGGUUUACCAGACAAAGUAGGACAGGACAAGGACUGGCUUGAUCCAUCUGUCAAAGUUAUGAACGUGAGUAAAUCAUUGGGCGGAUUUUACAUUGGGGCACACACAGAUUAUGCGAAUAAAUUUCACUAUUUCGCUCAUCCCUCUUAG